AUGGAAAGGGGACUACGACAAGGAGACCCUUUAUCGCCAUUUCUGUUUGUGCUAGUUGUUGAUGUGCUACAUAGGAUGAUUAGGGAGGCAAUGAGGAAUGGCCGCAUCUAUCCACUUUUGGUUGGAAGGGAUAACAUUGAGCUGUCGCACUUACAGUUUGCAGAUGAUACCAUUCUCUUCUGUCCUAUGAAAAAGAUAGGAAAUGGGAGAAAUGGGAUACCACUUGUAAAAUGGGAGAAAUGGGAUACCACUAGUAAAAUGAGAAGUGGUGAUGGCUCCAAAAAGGCAGGUGGUCUGGGGAUCGGAGACGCAGUAUUGCAGGAAGUGGUUCUCCCGGAGGAAAUAACAAGCUAUAGCUUCACAGGUGCAAUUUGGAAGGGUUUCGUUCCACCAAGGAUCGAGUUAUUCUCUUGGUUUGUGUUGGUGGGGUGGGUGAAUACUAAGGACAGAUUGUGUAGACUAGGUGUAAUUAGCCCAAAUGAUCGUACAUGUGUCUUAUGUGAUAAGUCUGUGGAGUCUGCUUUUCAUUUGUUUGCUGGUUGUGAGAUUUCCUGGCAGGUGUGGUGUGCUUGGCUAUUCGCUCUUGGAAGGAAAUGGACCAUGACUGGUACACUCAAACAACACUUUGAAAGUUGGACGAAUGCUGCAGCAAGAAGAGAUGAGAGGAGGAGGUGGGUGAUUGGCUUCUUUGCUGUUAUCUGGACAGUUUGGCUAGAACGGAAUGAUAGAAUCUUCAGGAAUCAAAGUUCACGUGUGGUGGAUAUUAUUAGUAGAUCCUUCUUGCUCUCCGAUGAGUGGAGUGGUGGUGAACCCUAUGGUUGUUGA